AUGCCAAUUGAAGAAAAUGAAAGGGAAAUUAUGAAGUUUGCACGAGCCGCAUCAAGAAAAUGGCUAGCCAAGGAAGAAGAACUCAACCCGGGGGGUCAUCCUGACUUCCUAUGGUAUAGUUUUUCGAGGGUAGUGGGUCCGGAAUUUUUAGCUCAAUGGAAUGGAAAGCUUGCUUGGAUGAGAGAACGAAGGGUACAUGUGUCAGCUGAAGUCAAUUGGACUUGGAUGGAGGAAGUGGGUUUGUUGGAAGCUAUUGAAUCAUUUAUAGUUCAAUCCUUUGAUAGCGUUCAAGGGAGGUUUGUAUGCAUGGCCUGGAGGAGAUUAUUUCAUAUUCAAGAAUUGGUAUACAAAGAGUUUGUGGUGGAGUUUUUGGCAGCUGUAACCUUCAGACGAAAUAUUGGCAUUCAUGAGUCGGCGAACAUCACAUUCUGUUUGGGGGGCGAGAGGCGUGAGCUUAGCCUGGCGGAAUUUGCAAUGCGGACAGAGCUUUAUAUUUCGUCCGAAGUACAUACCGAGUCUUACGUGGAGUUUAUUUCUAGUUGUAUCCGGACAACCAAGGGAUUCAAGGAAGACCGAUAUUGGCCAAAUAUAGCUAAUGGGGCAUACAGUUUCGGGACCACGUAG